AUGUCACCCGAACUGGACAGAGAGCCGCUGCCCAGCGAGUAUUUGCUGGGUUCUCCGAAAAGCCAGAGAAGUGGAAGAAGCGGAAGAAGCCCUUCGCAGCGUUCACUCGGCUCUCCCAAAUCCGGGAUCUCAUCCAAAGCUCACAGAGCCUGGAAGGCUGCAAAUUCGGAGCUGGAGGUGCUGUCUGUGGAUGAGCUGCAAAAACUCUUACUGCUGAAGGACCAAGCCUUGCAGCUGCUGCAAGAGGAGGUUGAGGAGCUGCAGAGUUCACUCAGAAGCCAGGAACUGAUGGAGGUGCGCUACCGGCAUCUGCAGGGUCUUUUGCAGCCCUCGCCUGGUUGCGAGGGUAGCAGGCAUUCUGCGCCGACCAUGCUGGAUAAGAUUGGUGAGGCUGGACGAGCAGCACAGAUGAACCGCUUGCAU